AUGCAUGUGAAUCAUGUUAGCAAUUAUAGCUUUGGGGAAGCUGAGGCAUUAACUGAUGAGAUUGAAAAAGAGUUUCAGCAUGUUGGGGAGUGGAUCCUUCUAGAGGCAACUGAGAUUAGAAAGGCUGUCAAUCCUCUCCGAAAGCAUGGAUCAAAGGAUAUUAGUCAACUCGCACCACUCAUCUACCAUUUCUUUCCAAGUGGACAAUUCAAUAGAAACUGUGAAAAUGGGAGAAAGCCAGUUUUGGACAGUCAAGUUGUAGAAAGGAGGAAAUCUGAGGCUUCCAUUGAGCCAUCCAUCACUGCCAAGGACAGUAAGAGUCAGCAACCAAGGAAAAAUGAGGUUGCUGUGAGGCUAAAUAAACCAGAAACUGCUGAUAAUGGCCCUGUCAGACCCCCAAAAUCAACUAUGCAGCGAAAAAGCAAUAUGGAGCCAAAGAUGCAGCCAAAAAUAGAGAACAAUACAAUCCCAAAGAAACCUCCCAUGAUUCAGAAAGAUAAAUCCAAGUUUUCAGAUGAAUAUGCAGCCCAAGUAAAGCUAGAGGCCUCUAAGAGGAAACUUCAUGAGCGUUAUCAACAAGUUGAAAAUGCUAAGAGGCAGAGGAUAAUACAAGUUCUAGAAAUAAAUGGCCUCUAG